AUGUAUACACCCGAAGUACCAUCACGUGUUCUGCGUGUCAUUAUCAGAGAAGAUCCUCGUGAUGUGUCUGUAUACAUUGCAGACUACAUUAUCAGCCGCAUCAAGCUGUUUAGCCCGACGCCCGAGCAGCCAUUCGUGCUUGGUCUGCCUACUGGCAGCAGCCCCGAGCUCAUCUACAAGAUCCUCGUCCAGCGUCAUCGCGCCGGCGAGAUCUCCUUCAAGAAUGUCGUGACUUUCAACAUGGAUGAAUAUGUCGGGCUGCCUCGCGAUCACCCCGAGUCCUACCAUAGCUUCAUGUACAAGCACUUCUUUUCCCACGUGGACAUCCCACCGCAGAACAUUAACAUCCUGGACGGCAACGCGACCGAUCUUGUAGCUGAGUGUGCAUCAUUCGAAGCACGGAUCGCGCGCUACGGUGGAAUCGAGCUCUUCCUGGGCGGAGUCGGACCAGACGGCCACAUCGCGUUCAACGAGCCGGGCUCCUCGCUGACCAGUCGGACGCGCGUCAAGACACUGGCCUACGACACCAUCCUGGCAAACUCCCGCUUCUUCGGCGGUGACACGGACAAGGUACCCCGCAUGGCUAUGACUGUCGGUAUUCAAACCAUCAUGGAUUCCCGCGAAGUGGUGAUUGUAGCCACCGGAGCGCACAAGGCUAUUGCCGUGCAGAAGGGCCUCGAGGAAGGCGUGAAUCACAUGUGGACCCUCUCCGCUCUGCAGCUGCACCAGCACCCGCUCGUCGUCUGCGAUCGCGACGCCACUCUCGAACUCAAGGUCAAGACCGUGCGGUACUUCGAAUCGAUCGAGCAGGCCGGCACCGAUGCCCGCACCCAGGGACCCGCUCUCGUUUACCGUCCUCGGACCUACGUCCCGGCCCCAGUACAAGUUAAGACGCCCAAGUCCCAGCAGCCUACUCCCGAUGGCACUCCCGAAAAGGUGCCCAAGGACCUCCGCAUCAACACUGAGCUGCACCGCCGCGCAUUGGAGGAUGAGGAGCUCACCCCAGAUAGCAUGUCCUCGCGCCUGGUCGAUUCGGCCAUUGGCGGUAUCGACGGUGCACUGAAAGGCGACCUUAUGUUUGACCGCAUGGGCACCAGAGUUACCACACUCUGA